AAGAUCCUUCCGUUUCUGCGGAACAUCUGAUGAAACUUGUUUCACAGUGGAUUUCAGCUUUCAGUGAAAACUAUGAGAAACACCUGAAGCAGCAGAGCAGACAACGGGGAACACGCAUGAAACACCUGGGCACGGUCUAAUCCGAGGAAGCCUCUUCACCUGUGCAGUAAUGGCGCGUUUUUUGGCGCUGUGGAUGGGAACUCUCCUCCAGUUUUGUCAUGCAACGAUUUACACCAACGACUGGGCGAUAAGGAUACGAGGAGACCUCGAGUCUGUGAACGGAAUAGCAGAGAAAUAUGGAUUCACAAACAUGGGUCAGAUCGGAGACCUGAAGAGUUAUUACAGUUUUCGCCACAACGAGACGGCGGAGCGGUCCACCGUGUCCAACAAAGAGGUGACUGUUAGCGUCGCCAAGGAGACCAAGGUGGAAUGGCUCCAACAGCAGGUGGUCCAGAGAAGAGCAAAGAGGAACUCGAGAGCAAGUCGCAUCUUCUCCAUUUCAGACAUGAAAACCAAUCGCCUCCCUCCUGCCCACCCUCAGUACAGCCACACCCAGACGCUACACUUCAACGACCCGCUGUGGAAGAGCCUGUGGUACAUUCACUGCAGUGAUGAAUCCAAAGGCUGCCAGUCUUGUAUGAACAUUGCGGCGGCCUGGAGGAGAGGGUACACAGGGAAGGGUGUGGUAGUGUCUGUCCUAGAUGAUGGCAUUGAGAGAGAGCAUCCGGAUCUGAAGCCAAAUUAUGAUCCUCUCGCCAGCUGUGAUGUGAAUGGACAAGACCAAGAUCCUUCUCCGAAUUAUUCAGACAAUGCUGAUAACUACCAUGGGACUCAGUGUGCAGGGAUGGUUGUUGCCGCUGCAAAUAACUCUCAGUGCACGGUUGGAGUCUCUUUCCAUGCGCGGAUAGGCGGCAUCCGUAUGCUGGAUGGAGAUGUGACAGACAUCACAGAGGCCCAAUCCCUGAGCUUCAGACCACAGUAUAUUGAUAUUUACUUAGCCAGCUGGGGGCCAGAAGAUGACGGAGCUUCUUUGGAGGGACCUGGGCCUCUGGCUCAUCUUGCUUUACAGAACGGCAUUAAAACAGGCCGGCAUGGGAGAGGCUCUGUUUUUGUCUGGGCGUCAGGGAACGGAGGGCAAAGAGGUGACCACUGCUCCUGUGACGGCUACAGCAACAGCAUCUACACUAUCUCUAUCAGUAGCAGCACACGGCGUGGAAGGCAGCCAGAUUACCUGGAGCAGUGCCCCUCCACACUGGCGACAGCUUACACUGGAGGGGAGGCAGAGGGGAUGGUGACGCUGGGUCCACAGCAGGGUUGUAGCCAGGCUCAGUCAGGGACCUCCCUCUCCUCCUCCAUGGCUGCGGGUGUCAUCGCUCUCACUUUGGAGGCCAACCCCUUGCUAACCUGGAGGGACGUGCAGCACAUUAUCGUCCGAACAUCAAAAGCUCAUCAUCUUAUUGCUCCUGACUGGCACGUUAAUGGAGCUGGAUACAAAGUGAGCCACCUGUAUGGCUUUGGCCUGCUGGAUGCUGAGAGCAUGGUGAAGGAGGCUGAGCGCUGGAAACAAGUCCCCUCACAGCAUGAGUGUGUGGAGGAGGCUGCCAUCCAGCUGAGCAGAGCUAUUCAUCCAGGCUCUGUGCUGACGUCUGUGUAUGACACUACAGGCUGCUCUACCCGACCCCAGCAGCAUGUUGUUUACGUGGAGCAUGUCGUUGUCCGCGUUACCAUCACUCACAGUCAUCGCGGUGACCUUUCUAUUACGCUCACAUCACCGUCAGGCACCGUGUCGCAGCUGCUAGCUAACAGGCCUCUUGACGACUCCACAGAGGGAUUUCAGAACUGGGAAUUGAUGACGACUCACUGCUGGGGGGAGCAGGCGGCAGGGGAAUGGACUUUGAAAAUCCAGGAUACUCCCUCUCAGAAGAGACACAACACCGAACAAGGGACGCUAAAGGAGUGGUCCCUGGUGAUUUAUGGCACCGCAGAGCAGCCGUACCCCGUGCAUCGUGAGCGAGCACGAUCAGCUGAGAAGCUGAUGGAUAGUGACCUCACUGAAGAAUACAGUGGACCCUGUGACCCAGAAUGCAGUGACGAUGGUUGUGAGGGGCCUGGCCCGCAGCAGUGUGUCACGUGCUCACACUUUUUUCUCAAGUUCAAGAACAACACAAGGAUGUGUGUAUCGGAAUGUCCCAGGGGAUUCUGGGGUGACCGCCGGCGUUGUAAGAGGUGCUACUCCUCCUGUGAGAGCUGCACCGGGAGCCGCAGUGACCAGUGCACUUCCUGUCAACCUGGGUAUCACCUGACUGAGGGGACCAACACCUGCACAGCCAUCUGUGCGGAUAACCACUACCUCGACCAUGAUGCAAACAUGUGCAGAAAAUGCAGUGAAAACUGCUUGAAGUGCACCUCCUACAGCAUCUGCACAGAAUGCAGACCAGACACAAGUCUGCAGGGGAAUCGGUGCCAGCGGAGCUGCGCGGCUGGGUUCUACCACGACGAGCAGGAAGGCACAUGCAAGCCCUGUCACAAGGCCUGCGCUACCUGUGCAGGUGCAGGUGUGGAAGCAUGCAACCACUGUGCAGAAGGCUACUUGAUGGAGGAGUGGAGGUGUGUGUCCUCCUGCAGUGCUGGCUUCUACGCCACAGAGCCAAACCCAGAGAUAGCUGAUGGGCACAGGAUAUGUAGGAGGUGUGACGCCAGCUGUCUCACCUGUGUGGGGCCGAGCCGAGGGGACUGCAGCAGCUGUUCCAGUGGUCACAGCCUGCAGGAGGGAGUGUGUGUUGUUAGCACUGUGUGUGCAGACGGAGAGUACCAGGACAGUAACGGGAAGUGCCACGCGUGCGAUGCAACGUGUCUGAAGUGCACAGGGCCGCAGAGCGAAGACUGCAUCAGCUGUGUUUCUUCACGGGCUCUGGAUGAGGGCCGCUGCGUGGAGGAGUGCUCCAAGGGCAAGUACCAGUCAGGUGGCCAGUGUCACCUGUGUGACCACACGUGUGCCACCUGUGUGGAUGCAGGGCCUGCCAACUGUAAUAGUUGUGAUACUGAUAAGUUUGGAAUGGAGCGUUACUUGUACAAAGGCCAGUGUCUGGAUGCCUGUCCUGAGACCUUCUACCACACCAAGGAGAGGAGCUGUGAGCCGUGCUCGGACCACUGCCGGCUCUGCACAAGCCCCACCCACUGCCUGAAGUGCAACUCCUCCUACUACGUCUCUGAUGGGGCAUGUGCGAAGCUGGAGUGUGGAGAAGGGGAGGUGGAGGAUCCAGAUUACGACGACUGCAUGGCCUGUGAGGAGGGCUGCAGCAAGUGUGUCUUGUAUAACCCCAGGCAUUGUCUGUCCUGCACUGAGGGCUUUUACAACUUUCAGGAUGGCUGCUACAAAAACUGCCCAGCUAAGACGUACAGCGUGGAAGAGGAGAUGACCUGCAUCCCGUGUGAUGAAAACUGUGUGAGCUGUGAUGAACAUGAGUGCUACUGGUGUGAGACCGACCUCUUCUUAUCAGAGGGUAGGUGUGUAUCGGAGUGUCCCGAUGGUUUCUAUGGCGACGAAGACACCAACGACUGUGAGGAGUGUCACUCAGACUGUGUGACAUGUAGCGGCCCGGAGGACAAUGACUGCCUGUCGUGCGAGGAGGGGAUGACGCUAGAAAAUGGAGUGUGUGUGUCUGACCAUGAGGUCUGUCCCAUUAAGACCUUUCGCACCGAUGAUGGAGAGUGCAAGGACUGCCACCCAUCCUGUGAGUCCUGCACUGGAGAGGAGAAAAACCAGUGUACGAAAUGUGCAAAAGGGCAGUUUUUGACCACACAGCAAACAUGUGUGUCAAGGUGUCCGGGGGGUUUCUUUGCCAGUCGGCUGAGCGGUGUGUGUGAGGCUUGCCCUCCCGGCUGUUUGCAGUGUGUGGACACUCAGCACUGCACCCGCUGUCAGAGCACUCGCAAAGCUCAGUUAUUCCUGCAGGAUGGACAAUGUGUCCAGCAGUGUGUCAGGGGUUAUCCUGCAGGCCAGGUGUGUCGUAGCUGUGCAGCAGGCUGCGCGUCCUGUGGGAGAAACGCCACUCACUGUCUCAGCUGUGAAGAACCUCUCAUCCUACACAAGCACCAGUGUGUGGAAGAGUGUCCUCCAGCGCACACUGUCCGGGACAGGGAGUGCCAGCACUGCCCCUCAGCCUGUCAGGAGUGCAGCCCACUCGGAAAGUGCACAGGCUGUGAGGAGUAUCACUUUCUCCAUGAGGGCCUGUGUGUACUAGACUGUCCCGAGAGGUUCUUUGAGGACAAAGAGCGAGAGGAGUGUUCGCGUUGCCACCCGGACUGCGCUUUGUGUGACGGACCGAGCAACAAUGACUGUGAUGCCUGUGUGGACCCUGAGGCCACCCUGCACAACGGGGCGUGUCUGGUUGCCUGCUCCUCCCAUACCUACAGGGACACUAUAACUGGAGAAUGUAAAGACUGUGACGUAGCUUGUCUCACCUGCUUCGGGCCCCACGCCAGUACCUGCACCAGUUGCAGAGAGGGUCAGAGGCUGGAGGGCCACGGUCAUUGUGUGCCGUUAGCCAACAAGUGCUUGCCUCGGCAGUAUGCAGACCAGAACGGGGAGUGCCAUCCGUGUCACAAAUACUGCCACGGGUGUUCAGGUCCCGGAAAAACCCACUGUCUGAGCUGCAACCAGAAACAUCUCCUGCUCAACGGCACCUGUGUGGAUGAAUGCCCAGCAGGCUACUAUGAGGACGAGUCGGGGCAGGAAUGUGAGCCUUGCUACCCUUCCUGUGAAACCUGCGUUGGAAGACACAGCCACGAGUGUCUCACCUGCAAAGCCCACCUAUUUCGAGAGGGCAAAGAGUGUGUGGAGACCUGCCAGCACAGUCACUAUGGAAACACGGGCUCCAGGAUGUGUGAGAAAUGUGACCCGAGUUGCGGCGAGUGCAUCGGGGGCGGGGAGGACAGCUGCCUGAGCUGUGCCCUGGGUCUCAUCUACAUGCGGAAAGAAGGCCGUUGCCUCCUUUUGUGCCCUGAGGGAUACUACCACGACGCUGUGCACAGGACCUGCGAGCCCUGCCACGCCAGCUGCAGAACAUGCUCAGGAAAAGAUUCCCGUUCCUGUGACUCAUGCUACGCUGGAUACCUGCUCUCAGAUGGAAUGUGUGAGUCCAUGUGCGACAUAGACCAGUAUCCUGUAAUGAAGAGUUUAGGCCACGCUUGUGAAGACUGCGACAGCUCCUGUCUGGAGUGUCAGGGGCCCGGUCCAGCCAACUGCACCAUGUGUCCUGCUCAGGCCAUCUUAGAAGCUGGAGGGCGCUGUCUGCUUUGUUGCCGCCACGAGGAAGCGGAAGACGCCACAGCGCAGCAGCAAGACUGUUGUAACUGCACUGAGACACGAGGAGAGUGUGUCCUCAGUACCAACUUGGCGUUUACAAAUGAUGAGGAAGAUGAGGCCAGAGGUAACCUGACUGUCUUCAUCAUCGCCUGCAUCCUGCUGGUGCUGGGACUGGUGGCUGUGGUCUUGCUCAUCAGACACUCCCGCUCCAAAAGCGCACCCCCGGACAUCCCACCUCGUGGCUAUGAGAAGCUGGGCUCUGGCGGGGGAUACGGAGGCGGCAGCAGAUAUGGAGGCUACAGUUCUGCUUCUUCUGCAUCCUACAGCGGCCGCGCCGGCUCCUCCGGCGGCCGCUUCCAGGAGGCUCAGUUAGUUGACAUUGGUGAACGUCGCUCGGGGAGUAAGGAUGAUGACGACGAUGACGAUGAAGAUGAGGACAUUGUUUACAUGGGCCAGGAUGGUACCGUGUACAGGAAGUUCCGGUACGGACAACUAGGAGAGGACAACGAUGACGAGCUGGAGUACGAUGAUGAGAGCUACACGUUCCGGUGAAGUAGAAUCAUUUCUCUUAAAAAAACAUUUCUUCUUUCUCCUCUGGACUCCUCUCUCCUUUAUUCCUCCUUCUGUGCUGUUUAUCUCCUCCUGCCCUGAGGGACAGACCCAUUUAUCCUUUGCUGAAUAUGACUUGAACUAAAUGAGACAUGAGAAGCUAUUUAUAAUGAGUUGUAGUUUACAACUGUUAUCCAUUCACUAAACGAAAUGAGCUGCAGAAAAUUCCAUGUCGUUUAACAUUCUUAAGGACUUUUAACAUAAUGAAGCUUGAUUUUCUAGACUUUGUUUGGAGUAUGAUGACCUCCCGUGUAUAACAUAAUUUAUCAUGGGCAUUUACUAGUUUUAACAGUUUCAUUAAUUGUAUUCAUCUCUUCAUUAAUUGUUGUGUUGUUGGAUUAGCAUUUUAAAUUUGAUUAAUCCCAGUAUUUCUUAAGCUUCUCCAUAUU